GUCUUUAGCUUGCUGGCUCGCCUGGCGCACGCUCCGCCUCCAUCAGUCUGCUGUGCGGUGCACAGCGUGGAGCCGGAGUAGCAGCCGGUGGAGUGGCCGGGGCUGGAGGCUGGGAGCGCGGUGCGCACAGCCUCCCCACGCCAUUAUCCGCGCCCACCACGGGCGAGGCCGGCGCCACGAUGGCAGAGAUGGGGAGCAAGGGGGUGACGGCGGGGAAGAUCGCCAGCAAUGUCCAGAAGAAACUCACCCGCGCCCAGGAGAAGGUCCUGCAGAAACUAGGGAAGGCGGAUGAAACGAAGGAUGAGCAGUUCGAACAGUGUGUCCAGAAUUUCAACAAGCAGCUGACGGAGGGUACCCGGUUGCAGAAGGAUCUCAGGACCUACCUGGCUUCUGUUAAAGCUAUGCAUGAAGCCUCCAAGAAGCUGAAUGAGUGUCUCCAGGAGGUGUAUGAGCCUGAUUGGCCUGGCAGGGAUGAGGCGAACAAGAUUGCUGAGAACAAUGACCUACUGUGGAUGGACUACCACCAGAAGCUGGUAGACCAGGCCCUGCUGACGAUGGACACCUACCUGGGCCAGUUCCCUGACAUCAAGUCACGCAUUGCCAAGCGGGGGCGGAAGCUAGUGGACUAUGACAGUGCCCGGCACCACUACGAGUCUCUUCAAACUGCCAAAAAGAAGGAUGAAGCCAAAAUUGCCAAGCCUGUCUCGCUGCUUGAGAAAGCCGCCCCCCAGUGGUGCCAAGGCAAACUGCAGGCUCAUCUCGUAGCUCAAACUAACCUGCUCCGAAAUCAGGCAGAGGAGGAGCUCAUCAAAGCCCAGAAGGUGUUUGAGGAGAUGAACGUGGACCUGCAGGAGGAGCUCCCAUCCCUGUGGAACAGCCGUGUAGGUUUCUAUGUCAACACGUUCCAGAGCAUCGCGGGCCUAGAAGAAAACUUCCACAAAGAGAUGAGCAAACUCAAUCAGAACCUCAACGAUGUCCUGGUCAGCCUAGAGAAGCAACAUGGGAGCAACACCUUCAUGGUCAAGGCCCAGCCCAGUGACAAUGCCCCUGCAAAAGGGAACAAGAGCCCUUCACCUCCUCCAGAUGGCUCCCCUGCUGCCACCCCUGAGAUCCGAGUGAACCAUGAGCCAGAGCCGGCCAGCGGGGCCUCUCCUGGGGCCACCAUCCCCAAAUCUCCAUCUCAGCUCCGGAAAGGCCCACCCGUCCCUCCGCCUCCCAAACACACCCCAUCCAAGGAGAUCAAGCAGGAGCAGAUCCUCAGCCUGUUUGAUGACGCAUUUGUCCCCGAGAUCAGUGUGACCACCCCCUCCCAGUUUGAGGCUCCGGGACCUUUCUCAGAGCAGGCCAGUCUACUAGACCUGGACUUCGACCCCCUUCCUCCUGUGGCGAGCCCUGUGAAGGCACCCACACCCUCUGGUCAGCCAAUCCCAUGGGACCUCUGGGAGCCCACAGAGAAUCAAGCUGGCAGCCUGCCUUCUGGGGAGCCCUGUGCUGCCGAGGGCACCUUUGCCGUGGCCUGGCCCAACCAGACGGCUGAGCCAGGGCCUGCCCAACCAGCAGAGGCCUCCGAGGUGGUAGGUGGAGCCCAGGAGCCAGGGGAGACGGCAGCCGGUGAAGCAUCCUCUAGCUCUCUUCCGGCUGUGGUGGUGGAGACCUUUGCUGCAACUGUGAAUGGUGCCGUGGAGGGCAGCAGUGCGACUGGGCGCUUGGAUCUGCCCCCAGGCUUCAUGUUUAAGGUACAGGCCCAACAUGACUACACAGCCACUGACACUGAUGAGCUGCAGCUCAAGGCUGGAGAUGUGGUACUGGUGAUCCCCUUCCAGAAUCCAGAGGAACAGGAUGAAGGCUGGCUUAUGGGUGUGAAGGAGAGCGACUGGAACCAGCACAAGGAGUUGGAGAAAUGCCGGGGCGUCUUCCCGGAGAACUUCACAGAGCGGGUGCAGUGACAUCGGAGCCCCUGCAGACUUCCGGGGUUGUGAAGAACACCUUUUCCCGAAAAAUGUGUGUUUGUGUUUCCUUUUCUUUUUCUUUCUCUUUUCCGUUUUUGUUUUGAAACUUUUGAAAAGCAUCGGGAAAUUGGAGAGGAGGCCUAAGCCAGCAGCUGUUCUCCCAAAGCUGCCUUGGUCUUCCAGAGAGCCAGUCAGGCCUGUCCAGUGAAGUUCACGUGUUCCCGAAGCUGCUGUGUCCCCCUAGUUGAGUUCCCGGCGCCCGCAUGUGCAGGGCGGGCUGGGGGCGCUGAGCCACCGCGCGCUUGCCUGCCGCUUGGCCUCGCCACCUGGGCAAGGGUCCUCUUCUGGCAGCUGCUGUGGUCGGGGCCUGGACACUGGCCCAGCCUGGCCCCUCCCCGCAGACCAUCCGUGUGCUGUUUGAAAAUAAGCCCUAGUGUUCAAAACGAAGCGAAACAAAAAAACCUGCCAAAAUCA